CACUUCUUCACAAAUAACAACUGUGAAGGGUCACCUAAGUAUUCGUUUUCAGAGUGGGGUGGCAAAGUUCCAAAUUUUGUUGCAUUUCUUGGUUCCUUAAGUCGUCAAAAAAAUAAAUAAAUACCUGUAAAAUGCAUCCCUUCCUUUUCUCUGCGAUCCUGUUGGUUGUCAUCGUCGGAAGUGCGUUCACCCAAGAUGUCCGGUUUGCAUGUAAAGAUGGCAAAUUUGGCCCGACAGAAUCUCUCCGAGCAAAGUUGGGGGUUUGUCAUAAAUCUGAAGAGUAUGGGACUGGAGAGGGCAAAAAAGAUUUAAAAUGUGCCGCAUUCUGUUUUACUGAGGCUGUAAAUGGGUUAAAGGACGGACUUCCCGAUAAAGCCGCGUUUGACCAACUCAUCGAAACCGAAGUUCCCGAAGCUGAGAGGAAAGUUGCCAAAGAACAGCUUGCUUUCUGCUUUGAGAAACAUGGAGAAAUUGACUUGAAGGAUGAAAAGUGCGUGAAUAUCGCUGCUUUCAGUGCAUGUGCGACAAGCCUCAUUGCAAAAACGGCGUGUUAGGUGUCAACUAUUUUGGGAGAUUAAAAACGUUUUUAAACGAUGCUAAAUAUUUACAGAAAUAUGUAAAAAAUAAAUACAUAAAUAAAGGUCUGUUAAUAUUUAAUAA